GAAUCAUGCGUUACGAGAAAUAAGGAAGGGAGAGGGAGGGUUUGUUUUGCCUUUGUUUAGUUGAGGCCGUUUUUUGUUGAGAUCAAUAACGACUUUGCCAUUAUAAAUUGCAAUUUGUGAACGAAUGUGCCCUUCUGUUGGAAGAUUGCACACGCCGUGAGCGAGAUGCCUAGUUGAGGAUUAUUGUGGAGAGUGUGGGACUGGGAAGCGCUCAAGGCUUGAGGCCGCGAAGCGAAGGAAAGUGAUCGGAGCGUGUUGUGGUGUGGGGUUUCUCGGGAUGGAGCUCCUGUGAUGCAACUGGAACUGUGACUUUUGCAUUGAGUUUUCGCUGCGAUGGUGCAAACACGGCGAAAGGACGACACGUCCUUUUCAAACGAGCCGGAUCUGAGGCGCAGCACAAGAGAAACGCGAGUGUUAAGAUUCAAAGUGUCUGACAAUGAUGAUGACGAGGAUGAGCGUACAUCAUGGUCGGGAAAAGUCAGGAGACAUCCUACAAGAGUCCGCCGUGCUACUUUGCGAUACUCUAGUUCUCUCUCAAUGCGUUCCCGAGGUCAUGUGGAUGGAUCAGAGACUGAUGAUGAAUCUCAUUCUGAUGAUUCUAUUUUUGAUUCAAGGAGAUCACGGUCAUCACGAACAGUCCGUCGGGUGUCAAGGUCUUCUAGGCGACGUUCUGGUGACCAUGUUGACACUAGUACGGACCACAUUGAUAUGGGUUUGGAAGAAGAUUUGGCACACCAAGAAGAUGAGGGGGUGCGUCGUAGCACUAGGCAGCGCAAUCAUCCUAGCUGGCUGAUUGGUACUCAAACAUUGAGAGGCUAUCCAAGUUAUGAUCAAAAUCCGAAAGAGCCAUCAUCAGUAGAAAAGGCUAGUAAUAGCCGAGGAAAUCGUAGUAGAGACGGUGAUCACUCCUCCCAAGAGUCCCCUCAGGUUGCAGGGCCAAGCCUUCGUAGUCAAAGAAGUGUGAAGUUGGAAACUAAGGAAGAUACUGAAAGUGAGGAGGAACCCGAAAAAAGUGAAGAGAAGAAGGAUGCUGAAGAGAUGGAAGUUGAACCGGGUCCAAAGGAAAAUGGCGAUGAUGCAUCAUCUGAAGAAGAAAACGAAGAAGUGCCUGGGUCAAAGAAAAAUUCACGGAGGACAAAAAAACGAGGUGACAAGGUUUCACCUCAAAAUGAGAAUUUCCCAGACAUGUAUUCUCGUGUGAAGAGAGUACGCCGUCAAACCAAAAGGUUCUCAUAUCCUAUUAGCCAUUCAAGGGGAUUUUCAAGAGAUGGAGAAAUGAUGUCUCAAACUCAAAGCUCAUCUGGAAGUGAUGAUUCUGACUCUGACCAGCCUUCACGUCGAAGUUCUUUGAGGCAAGACACAAGGAGAACUUAUCAGCUUAGGGUGAAUAAGCCAACAGUCGACCGUUUCCAAGCAGAACCUGUCAGACGUCCUCCUCGUUCAUUUCAAAAAGCACUGUGUAAUUCUGUCUUGCGUCAUCUUGGACGUAGAUCAACCAGUCGUUUUGCUCCCAACGUCUCGUCAUCCAGCAGUGAUGAUGGUCAAGCUAGAUUUGACCACAAGAAGACCCACUCUCGUCAUCAUCAUCCUAAAGACGCUGCAAAAGUAGCUGGACACCAUCUUACUCAUUCUAAAGAUGGCAAACCUGCCACUCUUGCAGAUAUUGAUCCAAUGGCAUUGGAUACCAGCAUUAGAUUCCAAGCUGUUGGAGGACUGGAAGAACACAUCAAAUGUUUGCAAGAGAUGGUUGUUUUUCCCAUGCUUUAUAAGGAUGUAUUUGAUAAAUUCCACAUAACUCCUCCCAAAGGUGUUCUGUUUCAUGGCCCACCUGGUACUGGUAAGACUCUUAUUGCCAGAGCACUGGCCAAUGAAUGUAGCCAAGGAGAUCGCAAGGUUUCAUUUUUCAUGCGGAAAGGUGCAGAUUGCCUCAGCAAAUGGGUUGGAGAGUCUGAGAGGCAACUCCGCCUUUUGUUUGAACAGGCAUAUCAAAUGAAACCUUCUAUAAUAUUCUUUGAUGAAAUUGACGGACUUGCUCCUGUCCGAUCAUCUAAGCAAGAUCAAAUCCAUGCAUCUAUAGUUUCAACACUUCUUGCCCUAAUGGAUGGUUUGGAUAGCCGUGGGGAUGUCAUUGUUAUUGGUGCAACAAACAGAGUUGAUGCCAUUGACCCAGCUCUUCGUCGGCCUGGUAGAUUUGAUCGUGAAUUGUAUUUCCCCCUUCCUGCUUGUAAAGAGAGACAAGAAAUUUUAAAAAUACACGUCAAUAAGUGGGAUAACAAACCAGAUCCAAGUGUCAUUAGCAAACUUGCUGAGCAAUCAUCAGGCUAUUGUGGAUCAGAUCUGAGGGCAUUAUGUGCUGAGUCAGUAAUUCAAGCAUUGCGCCGUACUUAUCCACAAAUUUAUAAAUCAAAUCAACGACUUCUCCUAGAUGCUAAUAAAGUUCAGGUGGCCUGUGAAGACUUCACCCUCGCACAGAGCAGUAUUGUUCCAGCUGCUCAUCGUGUAUCUCCUAGUCCUGCCAGCAAACUUCCUGUUUUCUUGGAGCCUCUCUUGAGUGGUAGAUUGGAAAGUAUCAUUACUCAGAUGAAGGAUAUUUUCCCUCACGGGCUGUCCAGAGACAAAAACAAGCUUUUUGUGGUCCACCAACCAAGGCUCAUGAUUGUGGGUCCUGGUUCAGACUAUGGUCAAACAACUCACUUAGCACCAGCAUUGUUGCACCAUAUGGAGCAUAUUCCAGUGUACACUUUAGAUCUUGGUUCCAUGUAUGAAGUCAGUGCUCGCUCUCCUGAAGAAACUGUAUCGCAGGUUUUCCAAGAAGCUCGCCGUAACCCACCUUCUGUUGUGUAUCUGCCAAGUAUUGGACAGUGGUGGGAACAAGUACCACACACAGUUCAAUCAAUAUUUCUUCUGCACCUGCAGAAAUUGGAUAUGAGUAGUCCUGUUUUUCUGCUGGCAACAUCAGAUGGUCCAGACGUAGCAUUGCCUACGGAGCUGAAAAGUGUCUUCAGUGGAUACCGAGAUGAAAUAUUUACCGUAAAGAAUCCUAGCAAUAAGGAGCGUGAAAGUUUCUUUAGUCCUCUAAUACUUCAAAGCACUCUUCUGCCUCCUAAACCUCCUAAGCUAACUGAAGAAACUUGGGAAGAGCUCCCUGUAGCACCUCCACCAGAACCUGCUAAAUUAACUGAUGAAGAUUUAGCGAAAUUGUAUGCUAAGGAAGAACAUACUUUACGUGAGUUACGAAUUUUCCUCAGAGAAGUUUGUGCCAAGCUUGCCCGUAACCGAUUAUUCUUCAUGUUUACUAAGCCUGUGGAUGUUGAAGAAGCCCCAGACUAUUAUGAUAUCAUUGAGAAACCAAUGGAUCUAGAAACAAUGAUGACUCGCAUUGAUAAGCAUGAUUAUGUAUGUGCUAAGGAGUUUCUGGAUGAUAUCGACCUUAUUUGUAGGAAUGCUUUGGAAUAUAAUCCUGACAGGGAUCAAGCUGACAAACUGAUUCGGCAUAGAGCAUGCUUUCUGAAGGACACUGCUUAUGCUCUUAUAAAAGCAGAAAUGGAUUCAGAUUUUGAAGAUCGCUGCCGAUCCAUUUCAUCUGAUCGAAAGAAACGCAAGGAUAGCCCCUCAAGAUAUGCUCCUGCCCCAGAAUUCAUACACACCACGUCUUCUGCCCACAAAAAUCAAGGCACCAAUGGAAACAAAGACGGACCAGCACGUCUUGUCAAUGGUGAUGUGUCGAGCCACUCGUCAGUAGCAUCCAACAAUGGUGCUGUCCCAAAUGGCCCUCUGUCAAGUCGCAAGCGACGUCCUAGUAGUUGGUCCAGAGGUUUUAUCAGCAAGCCUAAGAAGAAGAAACUCUCAGAAGAUCAUCCUCAGGAAAAGCAAGACACUGCAGUUGAAUCGGUAACUCAACGUGCAGGAAGUGCACCCCCUUCCUCACCACCUCCCUCUCCUACUGGUGGGGACCGAAGCCACACCCCGACUGAUUUAUCAUCAAGACACAGUAGUGAUGUCAAAGAAACAGCUGAAAAGACAGAAGUUGAUAAUGCUAAGUUCGCCAGCAUGAAUGGCAGCUGUGAAACACAUUCUGAUGAUGAUAUGGACCAGACUAACCUACCUGACUCCAAGGGCCCUGAUAACAAACGUUGCAGAGACAGCAAGUCUCCAAUUAGACCUGACAGAGAAAGUCCCAAAACGAGACGUACGUCAUCAGAAUGCAGCAAGCCAACAGCCAGAAAUUCCACAUCCCCAACUGAGAUGAAAAAAGAAGUGACCAUUGAUACAUCAGACUUGGAGAAAUUACUGACUUCAAUAGUUAUUGCAACAAAAGACUGCCAUGUUAAAUCAUUAACUGAACUUUAUAUUCGACUGGAGAAGAAGAUCUCAAGUUUCAGUGAUAAGUGGGAUCGUAGCUCAUUGCCUCAGGUUCUUCGAGGAGAAAUUGAACGCUUCAAAGUGUUCAUGAAACCAUCGUAGUAAUCAGAGCGACAUCGCCCUGUGCACUGCCAAAUCACUGCCACUCUUAUUGGAAUUUGUGUAAUUUUCCAUGUGAGUUUGUAGAAGUUUUAUUAAUUAAUUGAAAGUAAGUUACAAUCCAAUAAGCAAUUGCAAGAAGUAUUUGUUACUGUUGAUAGUCUCUCCAAAUUACGUUUGUAAGAUGCUGAUAUGCAUUAAUGUCUAGUUUUUUAUACAAGGUGAGCAGAAAGUCCUAGACACAUUUUGGGCAAGAACGCUUUUAGGAGUAGCCUGGUUGGCCCUUGAGCUUAGUCAGGGUGAAAUGGCAAGAUAUUUUCCAUGCCGACAGUAAGACUGCAAUAGUACGUGGGACUUUUUGCUCACCUGGUGUUAUUUUAAUGUUUAAUUAUUUGACUUAUACUUAGAUGAAUUGAAAAAUCAGUUUGUGUGCUUCAAAUAAUGUUAGUGCCUGUAAAACUGUCCUGUAUCCUGAGUUCAAACUAGUUGCAUUUUACGUUAAAUCAAAAUACCAAUUCAAAAUGAUUGGUUGGCCAAAUAAAGAUAAGCCUGGCAAAAUGUUACUUUACAGGUUCCAAUUUUUAAAUCCAAUAACUCUCUUAUUAAUAGUCUUUUAUUUUAGGGAUUAAUUGUACAUACCUAAAUGCAUGUUAUGAAGGUUGCAAUUUAUCCUGUUCUUUUUUAAUCAAAGAAGUAAAACUAUGAUACCAAAUGUGUUGUACAUAAAUGUCAACAGACUUCAAAGAUGAAGGGAAUUUCAAUUUUGUCCUUCUGUAUCUUCAUAUACCUCAAUAUUAUGUUGACUAUAUAUAACUAUUUCAAUAAUAAUUGUCCCAUAGUUGUGCAGGGUAUUAAGUAUGGCUACCUUGUUCAAGUGGUCAUUUUUACCGACACUGCCAGUGUAUUUGUGGUAAUGUUUCCUUCAUGUUGCCUACUUCUUGUAAUCUACUGUUAGGUUGUAAACUUUCCUUUACAAGUGAACUGAUGAUACUUAAUUAUCUUUAUUGAUUCUGUAUUCAGAAAGCAGUUUAUUUCCAUUAUGAAAGAAUUACUUGCACUGAUUAGCAAUGUGUAUUUGGCAAAAUCAUUGUGGGGCAUUGUUUGUCAGUUUUAGCUUGAAGAAAAUAUGUGGUUCUGCACUACUAAGACUAAAAAUUCUGUCAAUUUGAUUUGUACAGGCUCUCCCAGGCAGGUCUGCUACCUACCUUUAUCCCAUGACUUUUCUCAUCAGUUUCUUUAAUUUUUAAAUCUCAAAAUUUUGUCUUGAAGUCCAUUUUUAAAUCUGUGAUAUUAGUGGAAUAUGGUUCUCUCUAAGGUUAUCCCCUGGGCAACAGUGGAUUGAUGAGGAUUGUUCCAAUUGAAGUCUGAUAAAAAUGCCACUGGUGUUGUUUUCGAAUAUUUUUGUUUUGAUGUGUGGAUUUUUUUCAUCCGAAAAUUUGCCUUUCAGCCUAUACGUAUUAGUCAUAUUAAAAUUAAAGCCCUUUAAGGCUAAUUAAUUGAAUAAUCAAAGGAAAAAUGUGUGUGCUGGCGUUAUUAACCGACUUACAUUUUAAAACAGUGUGUUGCUCAACUGGCUUCCAUUUCUUCCUGCCGUUUUUUAGUCAUCUCUUUGAAAGUACACUUGUAAUUAGCAUAUUUUUUCCUAGUCGGUAUUUUGUGUCAUUUAUAUCCUAUUCAUGAGCUCAAAAAGAGACUGCUAAGUAAAAAACACAAUUGUGCUGUUUCUCUGUUUGUAUCAGUGCAUUAAUAGUAAUUCUCCUUAUUUAGGCAUCUCAGUACUUGGUUUUCAGUAUUUUGUUAAAUAGGUUGCCAAGCUUCCAUAUAGUUCAGUCUUUGAUAGGUUUUUAUUUCUUAUUAUUGUGUAAGACUAAUUUUUUCUCCACAUUCUUGGUACUUCCUUAGUUUAAGAACCUCAGACUUGCAGGAAUGCACAAAAGGAUGUGUUUAACGACUGUAAUAAGGUUUGAAAUAAAAGUUAACAAGCUGCAA